GCCUUAAUACCCUGAACCCCAAUGAUCCUUCAGCAGCCCCUGGAGCGGGGCCCCCCAGGUCGGGCCCUGCACGAUCCGCGGACCGCCUCAGGGGCGACUCGAGGCCAGGACGCCAGCUCCCCUCUCCGAGGAGCUAUGCCCAUGAGCACCAAGCGGCGCCUGGAGGAGGAGCAGGAGCCGUUACGAAAGCAGUUUCUGUCUGAGGAGAACAUGGCCACCCACUUCUCUCGCCUGAGCCUACAUAAUGACCACCCUUACUGCAGCCCCCCCAUGGCUUUUCCACCCGCCCUGCCCUCACUGAGGAGUCCUUGCUCAGAACUACUUCUCUGGCGCUAUCCUGGGAAUUUAAUCCCUGAGGCUCUUCGGCUGCUGAGGCUGGGGGAUACUCCUAGUCCCCACUAUCCUGCAACCCCAGCUGGGGACAUAAUGGACCUCUGAGCAAUAGUGGGCAACAUCAUUCCCCAUGUCUUUCCCCAGGGGAGACUGCAACCCUCAGGAAGGGACAAGGUGCUUGCUUGUGUAUCUUCCUCCAGAUUGGUGUUUGGGCAACAGGACCUUUCCUCAAAAGAGGACACUGAACUCAAUGGAACCUUGGGAUGGGAGGGCAGCAGCAGGGGAAGGGGAGGUAUGCCCUGAAAAAGGGAAUAAAAAAUUGCUGAACAAUUGAA